GCACCUUUAAAAAACAAGCAGGAAAGAAUCGUAUUAGCCUGAUCACAUGAACUGUUCUGGCUUCUCCAGUGAUAGAAUUAAACCAGUAAUGCUUAAUGCUUAAGACAACUCAACAGUCAACACCACCACCUCUUCUUCCAUCUCCAAUUCCCACACCGUAAUGAUGAAACAAUUACACAAACAAACCAGCGUGAAUCACAGGAGAGAAGAUGAAAUCCCAACUUCAACUCAAUCUUACACACCUAAGACACUAAAACACCCUAGAUCCAUUUCUUAUAUCUUCAAAGAACAACGCUUUCUUUUCAUUCUUGUUGGCAUUUUAAUUGGUUCUGCUUUCUUCAUUUUCCAGCCCACUCUCUCCCGCCUUAAUCCAUCUACCCAUUCUUCUAUCCCCACUUCAAUUUAUCAUCGCCACCAAGAUUCCUCAUCUGGGUCCUCGGGGUUUGCCUCGAAGGGAUCGUUUCCAGGCCGGGUCCCAGCUGCGAUCGGGAGGAAGAGGCUGCGUAUUGUGGUUACUGGUGGGGCUGGAUUUGUUGGGAGUCACUUGGUGGAUAAAUUGAUCUCGCGGGGUGAUGAGGUUAUUGUGAUUGAUAAUUUUUUUACUGGGAGGAAAGAUAAUUUGGUUCAUUUGUUUGGGAAUCCGAGGUUUGAAUUGAUUAGACAUGAUGUUGUUGACCCUAUUUUGUUGGAAGUUGAUCAGAUCUAUCACUUGGCUUGUCCUGCUUCUCCGGUUCAUUAUAAGUACAAUCCUGUCAAGACUAUUAAGACGAAUGUGAUGGGCACACUUAAUAUGUUGGGUUUGGCAAAGAGGGUAGGGGCGAGGUUUUUGUUAACGAGUACGAGUGAGGUUUAUGGCGAUCCACUAGAGCAUCCGCAGAAGGAGACUUAUUGGGGAAAUGUGAAUCCAAUAGGUGAGAGGAGUUGCUAUGAUGAAGGAAAACGGACUGCAGAAACAUUAGCCAUGGAUUAUAAUCGAGGUGCAGAUGUUGAGGUGCGUAUUGCUCGCAUUUUUAAUACGUACGGGCCUCGCAUGUGCUUGGAUGAUGGACGUGUUGUCAGUAAUUUUGUUGCUCAGGCCAUCCGCAAACAACCAAUGACUGUAUAUGGUGAUGGGAAACAAACUAGGAGCUUCCAAUAUGUUUCUGAUCUGGUUGAUGGGCUGGUGGCACUAAUGGAAGGCGAGCAUGUGGGACCUUUUAACCUUGGCAAUCCAGGAGAGUUCACUAUGCUAGAGCUCGCAGAGGUUGUCAAAGAGACUAUUGAUUCAAGUGCAACAAUAGAAUUCAGACCCAACACUGCUGAUGAUCCACAUAAGAGGAAACCAGAUAUCAGCAAAGCAAAGGAGUUGCUGAACUGGGAGCCAAAAAUUUCUUUGAGAGAAGGAUUGCCUCUCAUGGUGAAUGACUUCCGGAAUCGCAUUUUGGAAGGAGAUGAAGGGAGAGGGCUUUAAAUAAAAUAACGGCAGAACUACAAUGUAUAGUGUGAAGACCUUAUCUAUAUCAUUCAUUUAGUAGGUAUCUUUCAUAAUCCAUGUUUGCAUGGAAAUUAUAGCUAGGUGCCACUAUAGCAGGAAAAUAUGCAUGUUGCUCAUGCCCUAUGCUGAUUAGCACAAAAUCGAUACUAGUUUAGUUUUUCAUUUGCAAUUUUUUGAAUACCGUUUUUAUACUGCAUUCCUAGUCCUGACCACUCUUGAAAGGCUUGUAUUAAAUAGUAAGUUUUGGUGCGGAAUAACACAGCGAUGAAGGAAUAUUGUGCCGUGAUUCGGCCA